AUGUCGCCGCCCCCACUCCCUGAACUCCUCAAGGCCGCGAAGCAGCUCGUCCGAAGGGCGGAUAAGGACGGCAUAUUAGACACCCUAACACCGCGUCUAAUCCGACACGAAAUCGAGAAGCAAUUCGAACUUGAGCCGGGCACGCUCGACGCACCGGAGUAUAAAGGGAAACUGAGGGAUGCCGUGACUGAUGCUCUGGCAUCUGGGGGUGAAGGCGAUGAUGAUGAGGAACCAACGCCGAAGAAAGUGAAGAAGACGAACAAGGAAGGGGGGUCGAAGAAGAAGAAGUCGUCUGAGAAGCCGGUCGCGAAGAAACGCAAGUCAAGUGCGGUCGUCGUAUCAGACGAGGAAGUACCUGAGGUACAAGCGCCGUCGAGUCCAGCCACGAAAUUCGAAAAUCCAGCAAGCGAGAAGAAACGCAAAAUAAGCAGUGCCCUCGUUGUUUCGGACGAGGAAGACGUGGAGGUUCAGGCUUCAAGUCCAGCACCGAUAUCCGAAAAGCUAGUAAGCAAGAAGAAAUACAAGUCUGGUGCGGUUGUCGUGUCGGACGAGGAAGAGGUUGAAGUAUCAAGUCCAGCACCGAAAUCCGAGACGUCAGUAAGCAAGAAGAAACUCAAGUUUAGUGCUGUCGUCAUGUCGGAUGAGGAAGAGGUGGAAGUGCAGCCUUCUUCGAGCCCAGCACCGAAAUCCAAACCAGCCUUGAAAAAGGCAUCGGUGAAGGAGACGAAGACAAAGUCCAAGCCAAAAAGAAAAUCAGGCUCAGCAGCGGAAGAAAGCUCUUCAGCUGGAAAGAAGAAGCAAACCGUGAAAAAGGCCACCAAGGAGUUCAAAUCUCUGGAACAUGUCCCGACUUCUGACAUGGAAGAUGACGACCCUGACGACCCCGCAGAAUCCUCCAAAUUGAAACUAGUUGAGGUGAAGUCCAAGCUUGAUGCGCCCCCUCCAAAACGGCGCAAGGUUUCGUUACCACCUAGCAGUGACGAGGACGAAGAAGAGGAUACGAAGGCGACCGUCAAGCGGAAAGAUCCGUCAGACAAAGGCGAUGCAACUGUCGACGAACAGCCAAAGAAGAAACGCAAGGUAAAAUCCGAGAGUACGAAGGAACCCAAGAAACCUACAACAGCAAAGAAAGCCAGGCCCACCAAAGAGAACAAAGGAUCAAGUUUAACCAAAGAUGAAGAAACUAUCAAGCGUCUCAAGUCACUAGUCUUGGCAUGUGGUGUACGCCAUCCCUGGGCCAAACUUUUUGCAGACCUAUCGGCUAGCCAGCAAAUCAAGAAACUCAAAGAGAUUCUAGCCGAUUUGGGUAUGAAAGGUCGGACAAGCAUGGAGCAAGCCAAGGCCAUCAGGGAGAAACGAGAGCUGGCUCAGGAACUUGAGGACGUCCAAGAAUUCGAAAAGAAGGUUAUAGAGAUCUCGUCAAAACGGGCACAAAAGCAGAGUCAAAAACCAUCGGGAAGGUUGUUGAAGCGGGAUCGUGACGACGGCGAAGAAGAUUCAAAUUCCGAGCAUGGGGACGGUAGUGACUCUGAGGACGAUGUCAUGCCUGAGAAAAGACGGGUUUGUUUUCUGGUUGAUGGGAUUUGGACAUACGAGGUGCUGAUUGUUUUUUUAUUAUUGAUAGUCAACCGCUAG